UGUGAGGGACCAGAAACACGGGCGGGGGGGGAUUUUCUGUUUAUUCACCCAGCCCUGCGCUUAGCUUGGCUCUUUCCUCCCCUGCAUUGCUUUUCUUUGCCCCACCAUCCCCAGACCCCCGUCUGCAAUGCUGCCUCACUGGCAGCUCCAAAUUCCCCAAAACCUCUAAACUUACAAUCGAUAUUUACUUCUUUUUUUUUUUUCUUCUUUCAUUGGAGCAGUUUCACAUGUGGAUUCCAUGGAUCAGGACACACGCCUGUGAUCAUUAAACAGAAAUGGAUUCCGCAUGAGGAGUCUUCGCUCCCAACUCAAAGGAUUUUACCUGAAGUAGUUCACCAUGGCUGAAGCAGCACCUCCACAGACGAGCUCUCUCAGGGCCAAAGGUCUGGGCCUCCUCCGAAAGCUCAAAGUGUCUGUGGAGCUGUUGAUCGCACUGGCCGCUCUGCUCUCCUGGGUGGUCAUAGGAGUGGUGAUGUUCGACUUUGUGGAGUACAAGGCAGUUCCAGAUAUUCAGCAGAUCAUCGCUGACCCAGUGAAAGCCGUGAACGACGCCGUCGAUGAAGCCUCCAGCCUGCUCAAUAAGUUUCAAGAAUGUGCCCCUGACCUGAGUGACCCCAGGUCCACGGCCGCUUACGUAGCAGAGGAAAUAUCGGAAGCAAAAGAUGGAGUCGUUGGAUAUUUUUCCGACGAGGACGGAAACUUCUACCUCAGCUACGUCGACCCCGUCGUUGUCGGUCGACAGGCCUUCCAUUCAACGGACGACUUCGUGUGUGGAGCGAUGGCUUCGUUCAGGGACACAGUGUGCGCUGUUGUGGACACUUUACUGGACACUGUACGGAAAAUAAAUAAAGGAAAAGUUGACCUAAGCUACAUGGACCCUGUGGCCGCAGGCAGAGGUUUCUUCACUGCUACUAAUGAAUUUAUCAGUGGAGUGGCAGACUACGUCCAGAAUGUGCUCUGUGCCGCUCUGGACUCUGUUCUGGCAGUAGUGAAAGGAACCGCUGACAUCACUUUCAUGGAUCCCGUGUCCAUUGGCAGAAAUGUCUUCAGCGCCACAAAUGACAGCGUGAGCGGAGCAGUGGGCUACGUCCAGGAAAUACUCUGUGCCAUCCUGGACACUUCACUGGAUAUAAUAAAAGGAACCAUUGACAUGAGCUCCGUCGACCCCGUGGUCGUCGGCAGAAACGCCUUCAGUGUCGUGAAUGACUCUGUGAGCGGAGCGGCAGGAUACGUCCAGGACGUGCUCUGUGCCGCCCUGGACGUGGCACUCAACACAUUAAACGAGAUCCAGAAUGCUGUGGGAUUCAGUCCCGUAUCGGUUCUGAAGAGAACAGCAGAAGUCACCACAGAACAGAUCAGCGCGCUCGUCGGCUACGUUUCUUCACCACUGACCGGCGAUCAAGGGAUCAUGCCAGAAGUCUCCAUUGACCCCAUGAAAGUUAUCGAAGACGCUGUGCUGGAGUUCUCAGACAAGAAGGAUUUGUUCCUGGCUUACAUGACAAGCAUGCUUGUUGGUGAGCAAGGUGAACCUGUUGCCACACCUGUGGUGAAUAUAGUGACUGAAAAAGGUGAAACCGUAGCUUCUCCGGCGGAUAUAACUUUAGUGAGAAAAAAAGGGGAAUUCCUGCCACCGAUGGAAAAAGUUGCAGAAAUGAUGCAAGCCGCCAAAGAGGAAGCUGCUUCUGCUACAGACUCAAACACUGAUAAGGAGGAGGAGGAGGCUGAAGUUCCUGCAGAAGCUGCCAGUGAAACAGAAGGACAAGAGGAAGAGGAGGAUGAUGCAAAACAUGCCCAUCGUGAAGAAACGGCGCAUGAACCACCACUAAAAGAUAAAGAAGUCGUUGAUGGUGACAGUGUGGAGGAGACAAUAGAGGGCGCCGAAGAGGAGAAAGACUUAAAUGCAGAGGAAAAUGAAGUAGAAACACAAGAGGGAGACAUUAAAACAGAUAUGGUUAACGCAGAAGAAGAAAAGCAGAAGGAAUCAGAAACAGAGGAGGAGGAGGAGGCCAGAAAUAAUGAUUUGGAAGAAAGGGAGGCCAAAACUGACGAUUUGGAAGGGGAGGAAGAGGAGGAAGAGGAGGAGGAGGCCAAAACUGAUGAUUUGGAAGAGGAGGGGGUGGCCAAAACUGAUGAUUUGAAAGGGGAGGAAGAGGAGGAGGAGAAGGAGGCCAAAACUGAUGAUUUGGAAGAGGAGGAGGAGGCCAAAACUGAAGAAUUGGAAGAAGAGGAAGAAGAGGCAAAAACUGAUGAUUUUGAAGAGGAGGAGGAAGCCAAAACUGAUGAUUUGGAAGAGGAGGAGGCCAAAACUGAUGAUUUGGAAGAGGAGGAGGAGGCCAAAACUGACGAUUUGGAAGGGGAGGAAGAGGAGGAGGAGAAUGAGGCCAAAACUGAUGAUUUGGAAGAGGAGGAGGCCGAAACUGAUGAUUUGGAAAAGAAGGAGGAGGCCAAAAUUGAAGAAUUGGAAGAAGAGGAGGAAGAGGAGGAGGAGGCCAAAACUGAUGAUUUGGAAGAGGAGAAGGAAGCCAAAACUGAUGAUUUGGAAGAGGAGGAGGAGGCCAAAACUGAAGAAUUGGAAGAAGAGGAGGAGGAGGCCAAAACUGAUGAUUUGGAAGAGGAGGAGGAAGCCAAAACUGAUGAUUUGGAAGAGGAGGAGGAGGCCAAAAUUGAAGAAUUGGAAGAAGAGGAGGAGGAGGCCAAAACUGAUGAUUUGGAAAAGGAGGAGGUCAAAACUGAAGUUUUGGAAGAGGAGGAGGAGAAAGCUGACGUUUUGGAAAAAGAGGAGGAGGCCAAAACUGAUGAAUUGGAAGAGGAGGAGGAGGAGGAGAAAACAACUGAAGUUUUGGAAGAAGAUGAGGAGGAGGCCAAAGUGGAAGUUUUGGAAGAAGAAGAGGCAGAGAAAGUGGAGGUCAAAACUGAAGUUUUGGAAGAAGAAGAGGAGGAGGUCACAACUGAAGUUUUACAGGAAGAAAAGGAGGAGGAGGUCAAAACUGAAGUUUUGGAGGAGGAAGAAGAAGGGGAGGAGGAGGAGGAUAAGAAGGAGGAUGACACCACAAUUGAAGAUUUAGACGAGGAGACCAAACGCAAAGACUUGGGUUUAUGGAAAGCCAAAACGGACAUUUUGGGAGAGGAGGAGGAGGAGACAAAAACAGAAGAGACAGGGGAAAAGGAGAUUGAAAAUGAAGUAACAGAUGAACAAACCAUUGGAAAAACAGAAACAAGUGUCAAAGAUCAGUUUGAAAUAUCUGAUCAGGAAGACAAAGAACUAGAAAAAGACAAUGACGCUACAGAGGAGGACGGAGAACAACACGACAAAAUAGAAGCUGAGAUUGAAGAUGGUGAUGAAGAUGAGAACAAAGUGCCAUCAGUCCAACAACCAGAGUCUAAACUUCCAUCUGCUGAAAUGAUCAAUGCAUCUGAAUCUGAUGAUGAAGAUGAAGAGGAAAUGUCAAUGCUUCUACCUGAUUACUAUCACGACGAAUACUCUGACAUCGUCAUUGAUCAUAGCGACAACAACAACAAGAGCAGGGAGACUGAACUCAAGCAGAGGAAGAAAGUUCAAGUUCCCUCUGAGACGGCAAGAAGAGUUAGACCCAGAUCUGCUCACAAAGACCAAGAAGAACACAUCCACAAACAUGACAAAGUUCCCAAAGAGGCAAGGGAAAUACAUGAAAGAAAAGAAGAAGUCAAAGAAACCAUCAUUAAAGAUAAAGAUGAAAUGAAAAAGCUCCCCAAGGAAGAGAUAAAAGUCAAGAAAACACCAAAAGAAGGGGAGCAAGUUAAGGAGCCACCCAAACAAAAAAUGACGAAACCUUCCAUCGACACAAAAGAAGUAAAGAAACUCCUCAAAGAGAAAGUUAGGAGACUUCUCAAAGACAAAGAUGCCAAGAAACCAUCUGAAGAAGAGAAAGAAGUCAAAGAACCUCCAAAAGAGGUGAAAAAAAUCCCAAAACUGAAGGCAAAAGUCAAGAAACUACUUAAAGAAAAGAAAGAAGUCAAACAGCCCCCAAAAGAACACAAGGAAGAGGGGGAGGUCAAGAAACAACUGAAAGAAAAGACAGACAUCCAAAUAUCUUCCAAAGAAAAGACGGUGGUUAAGAGGCUCCCUAAAAAAGAGAAAGAAAUCAAGAAACCACCUAUAGAAAAGAAAGGGGUUAAGAUACCAUCUAAGGAAGAAGAAGAAGAAAGAAGAGCACUUAAAGAAGAUACAAAAGUAAAGGAAUAUCUUAAAAAAGAAAGAGCAAAGAAAGCACCCAAAGAAGAACAGGAAGUCAAGAAACCACUCAAAGAAAAGAAAGAGGUCAAGAUAUCACCAAAAGGAGAAAUAAAGGCCAAGAAACAACUUCAAGAUGUGAAAGAAGUCAAGAAACAACUUCAAGAUUUCAUUAAACAACUCAAAGACAAGAAAGAACUGAAGAAGCCAUCCAAAGAGAAGGAGGUGGAGGAACCUCCAAAAGUAGAAAAAGAGGCAAAGAAGCCUUCCAAGGAGGAUGAAAAGAUUAAGAUACCACCCACAGAAGAGAAAGACGUCAAGAAACCAUCUAAAGAAGAGAAAGAGAUGAAGUCUACUAAGAAAGAAGUCAAGGACCAACCCAAAGAAGAGAAAAGGGUCAAGCCUACUAAAGAAAAGCAAGACGUCAAGAAACCAUCCAAAGAAGAGAAAAAGGUGAGGCCCAUUGAGAAAGAAGUCAAGAAGCAACCCAAAGAUGAAAAAGAGGGAAAGCCUCCCAAAGCAGAAAAACAAGUGCAGAAGCCCUCAAAGGAGGAAAAAGAGGUUAAAAUACCACACAAAGAAGAGAAAGAAGUCAAGAAACCAACUACAGAGAAAAAGGUAGAGAAGCCUGCAGAAGAAGAAGAAAAAGAGGUUAAAAUACCACACACAAAAGAGAAAGAAGUCAAGAAACCAUCUAAAGAAGAGAAAGAGGUGAAGCCUACCAAAGAAAAGAAAGAAGUUGAGAAACCACAUAAAGAAGAGAAAGAGGUGAAACCUACCAAAGCAAAGAAAGAAGCCAAGAAACCAUCUAAAGAAGAGAAAGAGGUGAAACCUACCAAAGAAAAGAAAGAAGUCAAGAAACCAUCUAAAGAAGAGAAAGAGUUGAAGCCUACCAAAGCAAAGAAAGAAGUCAAGAAACCAUCUACAGAGAAAGUAGUGGAGAAGCCUGCAAAAGAAGAAAAAGAGGUUAAAAUACCACACAAAGAAGAGAAAGAAGUCAAGAAACCAUCUAAAGAAGAGAAAGAGGUGAAGCCUACCAGAGAAAAGAAAAAGUUUAGGAAACUAUCUAAAGAAGAUAAAGAGGUGAGGCUUACCAAAGAAAGGAAGGAUGUAACAAAAACACCUAACAAGAAAGAGGCAGAGAAACCUCCAAAAGAAGAAAAAGAGGUUAAAAUACCAUACAAAGAAGAGAGAGAAAUCAAGAACCCAUCUAAAGAGAAAGAGGUAGAGAAACCUCCAAAAGAAGAAAAAGAGGUUAAAAUACCACCCAAAGACGAGAAAGAAGUCAAGAAACCAUCCAAAGAAGAGAAAGAGGUGAAGCCUACCAAAGAAAAGGAAGAAGUCAAGAAACCAUCUAAAGAGAAAGAGGCAGAGAAGCCUGUAAAAGAAGAAAGAGAGAUUAAAAUACCACACAAAGACGAGAAAGAAGUCAAGAAACCAUCUACAGAAAAAGAGGUAGAAAAUCCUGUAAAAGAAGAAAAAGAGGUUAAAAUACCACACAAAGAAGAGAAAGAAGUCAAAAAACCAUCUAAAGAGAAAGAGGUAGAGAAACCUCCAAAAGACAAAAAAGAGGUUAAAAUACUGCACAAAGAGAAAGAAGUCAAGAAAGAACUAAAAGAAGAGAAAGAGGUGAAGCCUACCAAAGAAAAGGAAGAAGUCAAGAAACCAUCAAAAGAAAAAGAGGUAGAAAAUCCUGUAAAAGAAGAAAAAGAGGUUAAAAUACCACACAAAGAAGAGAAAGAAGUCAAAAAACCAUCUAAAGAGAAAGAGGUAGAGAAACCUCCAAAAGACAAAAAAGAGGUUAAAAUACUGCACAAAGAAGAGAAAGAAGUCAAGAAACCAUCUAAAGAGAAAGAGGCAGAAAAACCUCCUAAAGAAGAAAAAGAGAUUAAAAUACAACACAAAGAAGAGAAAGAAAUCAAGAAACCAUCUAAAGAGAAAGAGGCAGAAAAACCUCCUAAAGAAGAAAAAGAGAUUAAAAUACCACACAAAGAAGAGAAAGAAAUCAAGAAACCAUCUAAAGAAAAGAAAGAGGCAAAACCUACCAAAGAAAAGAAAGAAGUCAAGAAACCAUCUAAAGAAGAGAAGGAGGUGAAGCCUGCCAAAGACAGGGUAGAAGUCAAGAAACCAGCUAAAGAGAAAGAGAUGGAGAAACCUCCAAAAGAAGAAAAAGAGGUUAAAAUAUCACACAAAGAAGAGAAAGAAGUCAAGAAACCAUCUAAAGAGAAGGAGGUAGAGAAACCUCAGAAAGAAGAAAAAGAGGUUAAAAUACCACACAAAGAAGAGAAAGAAAUCAAGAAACCAUCUAAAGAAGAGAAAGAGGUGAAGCCUACCAAAGACAGGGUAGAAGUCAAGAAACCAGCAAAAGAGAAAGAGACGGAGAAACCUCCAAAAGAAGAAAAAGAGGUUAAAAUAUCACACAAAGAAGAGAAAGAUGUCAAGAAACCAUCUAAAGAAGAGAAAGAGGUGAAGCCUACCAAAGACAGGGUAGAAGUCAAGAAACCAGCAAAAGAGAAAGAGACGGAGAAACCUCCAAAAGAAGAAAAAGAGGUUAAAAUAUCACACAAAGAAGAGAAAGAAGUCAAGAAACUGUCUAAUGAAGAGAAAGAGGCGAAACCUACCAAAGAAAAGAAAGAAGUCAAAAAACCAUCUAAAGAAGAGAAGGAGGUGAAGCCUGCCAAAGAAAGGGUAGAAGUCAAGAAACCAUCUAAAGAGAAAGAGGUAGAGAAACCUCCGAAAGAAGAAAAAGAGGUUAAAAUACCACACAAAGAAGAGAAAGAAGUCAAGAAACCGUCUAAAGAAGAGAAAGAGGCGAAACCUACCAAAGAAAAGAAAGAAGUCAAAAAACCAUCUAAAGAAGAGAAGGAGGUGAAGCCUGCCAAAGAAAGGGUAGAAGUCAAGAAACCAGCUAAAGAGAAAGAGGCGGAGAAACCUCCAAAAGAAGAAAAAGAGGUUAAAAUACCACACAAAGAAGAGAAAGAAAUCAAGAAACCAUCUAAAGAAGAGAAGGAGGUGAAGCCUACCAAAGAAAGGAAAGAAGUCAAGAAACCAGCUAAAGAGAAAGAGGUGAAGCCUACCAAAGAAAAGAAAGAAGUCAAGAAACCAUCUAAAGAGAAAGAGGUAGUGAAGCCUCAAAAAGAAGAGAAAGAGGCAGAGAAGCCACCAAAAGAAGAAAAAGAGGUUAAAAUACCAACCAAAGAAGAGAAAGAAGUCAAGAAACCAUCUAAAGAGAAAGAGGUGAAGCCUACCAAAGAAGAAAAAGAGGUUAAAAUACCACACAAAGAAGAGAAAGAAGUCAAGAAACCAUCUAAAGAAGAGAAAGAGGUGAAGCCUACCAAAGAAAAGAAAGAGGUCAAGAAACCAUCUAAAGAGAAAGAGGUAGCGAAGCCUCAAAAAGAAGAGAAAGAGGCAGAGAAGCCACCAAAAGAAGAAAAAGAGGUUAAAAUACCACACAAAGAAGAGAAAGAAAUUAAGAAACCAUCUGAAGAGAAAGAGGUAGAGAAGCCUCAAAAAGAAGAGAAAGAAGUCAAGAAACCAUCUAAAGAAGAGAAAGAGGUGAAGCCUACCAAAGAAAAGGUAGAAGUCAAGAAACCAUCUAAAGAAGAGAAAGAGGUGAAGCCUACCAAAGAAAAGGUAGAAGUCAAGAAACCAUCUAAAGAGAAAGAGGCAGAGAAACCUCCAAAAGAAGAAAAGGAGGUUAAAGUACCACACAGAGAAGAGAAAGAAGUCAUGAAGCUUCCUAAAGAAGAGAAAGAACCUGUGAAGAAGAGAGACACAAAGACAGAUACCAAACCUAAAAAGGCCGUACGAAUUCAAGUAGUGAAGACGAAGGUCACGUCUUUCCUUAAGAGGGAACAUCUCAAUGUUACAAAAGCAGCUGAGGAACCUAAGAAGUCUGUCAGGGUUCUGAAAGCUGCUCGAAGGCAGAUUGUUCCUCUCCUGAAAAAGGAACGUGUGAAUAUUACAAAAGCAGAGGUUCCUGAGGUUCCCAAAGUGAAAGCCAAACCAGUAUCUAUAGCGAAAGUUUCUAAGGAGGCCGAGGAGAAACCAAAACCAAAAAUCAAGCCUGUAAAACCAGACACUGAUGCACUGAAGGAAAAGCAAAAACCUUCAAAGAAAGAAGCUCAAAGGGAAAAGGCCAAAGCAGCAGCAGCAGCACCCAUGAAGAAAGAGGUGGCUACUCCAAAAGAAAAGGCCAAACCAGUCAUCCUGAAAAAAGAACAAGAAAGCCCUUCUAGAAAUGCCUCCCUUGUGAAAGAGAGGGUCAGAAUUGUACCAAUGAAGAAAGCAGUCAGUCCGCCUAAAGAGAGCAUCAGGAUUGUGUCUGCAACAACAGCCAAGAAGCACAAAGCAGUUUUAACAAAGAGAGAACCUCUCAAGACAAAACCAGCUGUCAAAGAGGCAGAGGCAGCGCAUAGAAAUGUAUCUCUUACAAAGGAGAAGGUGAAGGUGGUGCCACUAAGGAAAGUGCCUGUAACUCCAAAAGAGAAAGUCAAACCAGCCUCAUUGAAAAAAGCUGAAGUUGUGAAGGAGAAGAAAGUCGAGCCGGUGACUCUCAAAAAAGCUGAAGUUGUGAAGGAGAAGAAAGUUGAGCCGGUGACUCUCAAAAAAGAAGCCGUGGAAGACAAAGAUAAGAAGACAAAACCCUCACAGAAAGAAACUGAAGCUAAGCCGGUGCUUGUCAAAAAAGAACUAAAACCUGUGAAGGAGAUGCCCAAACCAGUUCAUGAAAAGAAAGCUCCUUCUAAAACAGAGACUCACGCAGGAGAGGAAAAGGUCAAAUCACUGCUGAAGAAGAAAGAGCCCCAAGAACCAGAAAAGAUGAGAGUCAAACCACAUGUUAAAAAAGAACAAGAGGCUUCUAAAGACGAGGAGAAACCUGCUGCAGUAAAGAAAGUCGUGUUGAAGGAAAAGCUCAAACCAGUCCGUGUAAAGAAAGAGCCAGAGGUUUCAAAACUAAAGGCCAAACCUUCUGCAGCAAAGAAAGGUACCGAACGGGUUUGUGAAAAACAGAUAAUUAAUCCUCAGUUGUCAUUUACAGAGGACAGAGUACUAAAGGAGAUACACGUGGCUGCAAAGAAAGAAAAACCUGUGGAGAAGAAAGCUGCCAAAGAAGACGGAGUUAAAGCAGCCGAGCCUGCUCUAUCAGACAGCUUCAUCAUGGAAGAGGACCUGCCGUACUUCCAGUGUUUCUUUGUGGACGAGGACGAGGCCCAGUUUCCGUUCUACGCCUUCUCACCGCUGCAGAUUUGAAGCCUCAGUCUGACUCAGUCUGAAGUUUGUCACCUUUCUCGAUAACGACGAGGUCACAUCACAUCCCGUGCUGCUGAAACGCGGCCGCUGUUCACUGUUUAGUCUUCAGGGGUGAGAAAAAAAAAAAAAAGCCUGGACAGCAGAGGACGAUGGGUGAUUGACGACCAUAAUUAUUAUUUUUAUUUCUUUAUUUCCAGAUUUGGUUGAGCUCUCGUACCAAACACAUGCAGCCAAUUUCAUUCCUUUGCAUUUCUUCCUGGUAUUUAUUUUGUCUUUUUUUUUGACCUUUUACAUGGAACAAUGUCAUGUUUUAAUGUCAACAUGUAAUAACCUCAAAGAUUUAUUUUAAAGUAUAGUUUUCUGUUAACCGGGUACAACAAUCACACCGCGCUGCGGACACGGACUCAGUUCCUCUCAGAGCCCGUGUUUACUUGAAAAGUGGCUUUGUACAAAAACUGCUCACCAAAUCUUUUUUUUAUGUCUAUUCGUGACUGUAGUUUUAGCUUCGUGCUAAAUGGCAUAAUACGGCGUAAAAACUACAUUUUUGUGCAUAAUCAUUCUAUUCAUUUAAAUGCAGUACAUCCAUUUUAAGGAUUUCCUCACAUUUAUUUCUCUUUUUCCCUAUUGGGCACAAAAAGGAAGCAAAGCAUGGAUGAAAGGAAGUUAUUUUUUAAAGAAGCAGCACCAAUAUUUUCCUCUUUUUUUUGUCAUUAUUUGUAUUUGUUACUCGUCCAAAGGAAUGACUAUGCGCUGUAUAAGAGAGCUCCCAAUCUUAUGAAUGAUGAAACGCUACCUGACUAAAGUCUUAUAAAAACUCUACCAUCUGGACAACACCUGCACCAGCUCCUCAUUUUCACUUUGGUGCUCAGUGCGAAAGCGCCGCGUUGCCUGAACUCUCCGAGCUUUCACUGCGUUUGUCAAGUAUCAGAGUGACGGCAGACCAAAAAGUGGAAACUUGACAAACCGUGGAAACUUCGUGAGUGAGUGAGUGAGUUCACGCGAGUGGCACAGGAAGUGAAGACACUAUUUCCAGGUUCACUUUUUAUAAAAGUCUGUGAAUGUAAUAUUGUCUGUUGGCACACAUAUAAAUGAAUAUUAACGCAUAUCAUACUAUGACGUACAAACAGUGCUAUAAUGCAGAAUAUAAACAGGAUUUAUAUAUAUAUGGAUACAGGCAGGUGCACAGGCUGGGAUGUUGAGUUUAAGUUCAGCCUGAUGUUGACACACUGACAUCUUUGAUUAUAUCUGCUCUCGGGUCGUUGCAGAGAGCGUCACGACGUGUUUGUGUAGAAUGUGAUCGCAGGUGAGCUUGUACUGGCUGCUGUUCACAUACACAGCAUCGCUGAUGGCUUUAACGCUCGUGGCACUAAACCUGAGACUGAAACAACAUGACAGGAACUCACGCCAUGACACUGUGGAGGUGUGUGUGUGUGUGUGUGAUGUUCCUGACUUUGAUAGUUUUUUUUAUUUAUGAGUUAUUGGAUUUUAAUUUUAAAAAAAAAAGGAUUUUAUUACUAAUAUAAGAAGACGUAUUUUUGAUUCACAGUGAGUGAACAUGUGCAAUACAUAAAUGUUUGAUCAUCUCAGUGAUGAAACCACUGUAUGUUUGUCUGAUGUGCAUGACGUGUGUGUGUGUGUGUGUAGUUAUUUUAUUUUACACUCUCAAAUGUUUGUUAUACAUUUUUCCCUCAACCAGACAGACAUCAUGAGAAUUGCAUCAUGAAAUACUUGAACUUGUGAAUCGGGAUAUUUUGGCACCAGUAACUCACGUUUGUCUCGCUAGUGUCGCAAAUUAUGAAAAUUGACUCAUGUCAUUUAAAUGAGUCUUGUUGUAAAUAGCUAUAGGAAUGGAACAAAAGUCGCCUAUAUUUGCUGAAAACCUGCAGUUGCAGCCGCAUUAGGGGUCAUUUUUCAGUUCCACCUUCAUUGUGCCUGUGAAUAGUAGCAAUCUGACAAUAAAACGCGCAAAGCAAUGCAAA